AUGGUUGUAGUGCUUCCGGUGGUCUUGAAUGAAGCAGUACAUUCACAAAUGAUGCUGGUCAGAACUUAUUACUUUACUGCUUAUCAAAAUUUAUUCAUUAAUAGUUUUAGAUUUCUUCAACCAACUGAACUUAUUGAAAUUCAGAACUAUAGAUUACAGCUUU